AUGCGUGCGGCCGCGGAAAGUGCCUCUCACGCCUCAGCAGCAGGCGAUUCGUCGCCUGUUGUCGUGAAUCCUCUACGUGGUGAGUCACCACGUGCGACAGGUACAUCCGUUGCGUCUGCAGCGGGUACCACGAGUCGUAAUCAAGAUACGUCUGAGAUAGAGCUCAUCUAUUCCGGCGAGUCGGAUUAUGUAUCCGGCUCAAAGGCAACAAAUGCCUCCGGAUCACCCGGGGCGGACGCUGGAAAAUCCAGGCUGACUGGCUCUGGUCAGCGCGGCAGUAUCAUGACCGAGAUCUUCGGAUCGAGUGAUUAUUCCGAUGAGUCUCCGCCUCACGCAAGUCCAUCCAACGAUAGGACGCGUAGGGAUGGUGGUGAUGCACCUAUACAUCACGACGAGCAUAGUGACUCAAAGGACCGGGUAACACUGGUGCCACUGCUCAUGCAGGCACCAAUCAAGAGGCAAGGAACCGGAAUGUCCUGCGCCACGCUCCUCAAGUGGACUCUCUAUGGAUGCCGCCAUACUUAG